AGAAGUGAUCUUAAGAACAGGAAAGGUGUGCUCUGCUAAAGUGUCAGGCUCUCCUCUACACGUAAAAGGACUUUUAAUCACUGCCUGUGUCUCACAUGCCACACUUCACAGUUAAUGAAUAACCAGGGACUGUAAAGGAGUGUGAGGCUGUAAUGGCAUGUAUUCAGUCAAAGGGAAGGAGCUUCUGUGUAGGAAUGUCCUGCAUUUCCAUCAGCUGUUUGCUGAAAACUGCCUGAGCCAGAGAGGAAGUCACCUGUGCAGUGUGUCCAGCUCUGGAGAUCUGGAGGGGGCUACACAGGAGGCAUUUAAAUUUGGACCUAAUGAAUAACGGUUUUACCAUUUACCAGCCCGACAGAGACCUCUGAUAUGGAGCACACUGAAAAUGUCAAUGGACAUCUUUGUGAAAAAGAGCAAAGUGCUUCAAAUGGUGAAGACGCAAGAGACCCUAAAGCUGCAUAUUUUGUGGAAACACCAUAUGGAUACCAGAUAGAUUUGGACUUUCUGAAAUAUGUGGAGGAUAUACAAAAGGGGAACACCAUAAAGAAACUGAACAUUUUAAAGAAGCGAAAGUUGGCUACACACUUUCCUGAAGGCAAGAACGAGUCCUGCCAGGGGACAGGGUGGCCAUCUAAUGAUUCUCUUUCAUCCUCCAACAGUGAUGAGCAUAAGCAGUCCCCUUCUCUAAUUGCCAGACGGCAUACUGUUUCCAGCUCUGCAAGAUCAUCCUCUUCUCAAGACACAUCUUCCAACUUUCUAACUAUCCCUGAGAACAAACCGUUGCUACCACCUUCCCCACAGGUCCCUACACACAAUUUUCAUGUUACAAAAACGUUAAUGGAAACUCGGAGAAGGCUAGAACAAGAGAAAGUCAUCAUGCAGGUAGCCUCAUCCUUCGUCGAUGUGCGUAGGCCGAGACUGGCGAGUUUUGGGGGAAUGGGCUCAACUGGGUCACUUUCAUCCUACACUGGAUCAGCAGGGCAAACAACUGCACAGCAGCUUCAAAAUGGACACCAGUCAAAUGGUGAUUAUACUGCCUUCUUUGCUUCAUCUUUAGGGAGCUCCAUCCGCCACAGCCCACUCAGUUCUGGGGUAACUACACCAGUGACCAAUGUGAGUCCUAUGCAUCUCCAGCAUAUCAGGGAGCAGAUGGCUGUUGCACUUAAGCGCCUAAAAGAACUUGAGGAACAGGUAAAAACCAUCCCAAUCCUUCAGGUAAAAAUUUCAGUAUUACAAGAGGAGAAGAGACAGCUCAUGUCUGAAAUAAAAAGCCAAAAAGUUACUACCCAAAGUGGUGAUACGGGUUUCCGUAAGAGAUCUUACAGUGCAGGUAAUGUUGCUGGCUUUGAAAAAUCACAUACUCGUGUUAAAUCUGGUGGGGAGUUACAUAUAGAUUCUGAUGAUGAAAUGGAAAGUCCAGAACAAAAUACACAGACACUUAAAGAGUUUAGACAGCUAACAGCUGAAAUGCAGUCUCUGCAAAACAAAAUACAGGACAGCAGUUUUGAGGCUUACUGUUCUGCACAGCAGAGCAGGUCUAAAGAAAAAUGUAACCGUUCUAUUGCAGUUGGUGCUGAUGAAAACAUGAAUGAUGUAGUAAUGUACUAUAGAUCCGCAAAACCUAGCAGGGAUGUUUCUGUGAGUACUGAAAUGGAUGUGAGAAGCCUUGGGGUUGGCGUUACUGAGGAAAUGCUUGGGGUCACUACGGAUGCUGAAAGAGAAUUUGAACUUCAGCAACAAACAAUUGAAGCACUUAAAGAUAAAAUCUACCGACUUGAAACAGACUUGAGAGAAACUACCUAUGAGAUGGAAAUGACAAAAUUGAAGUUGGAAAUACGAGAAGCAGGGUCGAGAAAAAAAAUAGAUAAAGCAGUAAUGGCUCAGCCCUUAACUUGCAACAGGAUGGUUGAAGCAAUCGUAGAAAUGAGAGAUCAAAGCAAUGGAGAUAAUUUAGAUGUAGUAGACUCUUGUGUUGGUAAUUACGUACAAACAAGCAGCAUUGGUGUAUCAUGUACAACUGUCCUUCAACAUGCAGCUGUGGGCCCUGAGUCCCCAAUGAAUCACUGGAUUGUAAAACAAAGAGUAGAUACUUGUGACAUGGGCGUGGGGUGUGAGCUUGUGAUGUGCGACAAAAGUGUUGGGGUGGACCAGGCAACUUGUGAAAUUGAACUUUCUAGAGAGGAGGCCAUAGACCAGUUGAAUCGAAACAAGACAAUAGUCAAGGAUGUGAAAUCUGUUGGCUGUGGAGAUUGUUCUGUGGAUGUUACAGUUAAACCAUUAUUGCAUUAUAUGUCAUGUGGUGUCAAUACAGAACUUGUAACCAAAGUGGACUGUGCCAUAACAGUUGUUCCUUGUACUGCUGACCAGCAAACUAACACAGAAGUUGAGCUAUCAAGCCAAUUCACCAACACAGAAGUGCCAAGUCUUGUUGAUACAAGCACAAACACUGCAUACAGCAUGUACAGCAAACAGACCAACACAGAAAUAGUGGAAAUGCGAUCGGUUGCAAUAGGAGAUGGUAAAGUGAAAGAAAUCAAUGCCACACCAAAAACACGUACUAUUGGAAUAUGUACUUCUGACUCUGAUUUUGAAAGUCUAGCAUUAGUCCACAAGACCAAAGAUUUUGGAGUUGGGCAGAUAAGUAUCUCAGAUAAUUUUCUGGUUGGUGUCAAGUUACGUAGUAUUGCCUGUGGUUCUAGUGAGCCUGUUCCCCUUUCUGUCGACACAAGAACUAUAGCAGUUGGAGAUGAGCCUCCUCAGCAGCAAGAAGAUACUACGUUAAAGGAAAAUGUAUCAACUAUAGAGUCUCCCGCAAUAGACCAUUACAUUGAGCGAGUUCAGAACUUGCUUCAGGAGCAGCAGAUGCUUCUUGCUGAGAAUUACACUGAGCUAGCUGAAACGUUUGGAGAACCAUAUUCACAGAUUGGCUCCCUCAACUCCCAGCUCAUCACCACUAUCUCAUCUAUUAAUUCUGUAAUGAAGUAUGGCAGCAAUGAAGAAUUGCGAAUUUCGGGAAAGCAGAAACAGUCUGUGGAGCAGGAUUCCUUUACAGGGUCUUCAGUGGACUGCAUAUCCCAGGCCCAGGUUACCACUGAAUGUGCUACUUCUACCGUGCGGACUGGUGGCCUUCAGAAUCGACCAGGGGUCGCAAAAUUGGAGAAGCUGAAUAUUGCGGCAUGUGCUAACAAUGUGGCUCUCUCUGUCAAUUCUUUGUCUGCAACUGAAUUCACCAGUGAAGACUCAGUCUCCUCUGUUCAUGUUAGUACAAGCAGCCAGAGUACCCUUAAGUCUAUCAUGAAAAGGAAAGAUGAGAAAAAAGAGUCUUCAAUCACCAAGAAGAAUCUUCAGUUUGUUGGCAUUAAUGGCGGGUAUGAAACUACAUCUAGUGACGAGUCCAGCUCAGAAGAAAGUUCCUCCACAGAGUCAGAUGAUGAGUGUGAGGAAGAGGAAAGCUUCAAUGAGGACUCCGAAGUGAUACAUAAGGGUGUGGCAAGUGGCCACACGGAAGCCUCCGAAUCUCUGAGCGAUACUGAGAAAGAUGACAAAGAGACGCAUAAAGUGGAAAUUAGACAAAGAUAUGAGUUAAGUGAAAACAUGCUGUCUGCUUGCAAUGUGCUGAAAGAUGCAGUGGAUGAUCCACGGGCCUUGGGAAAUAAAGAUGUGAGGCUGUGCUUGAACACUAUACAAAAUGAAUGGUUCCGUGUGUCUAGUCAGAAAUGUGCCGUCCCAGCCAUGGUGGAUGAUUACAUUGCUGCAUUUGCAGCCAUUUCCCCUGCCUCCCUGCGCUAUAUCAUCAACAUGGCCGAUGGCAAUGGAAACACAGCACUACACUACAGUGUGUCACAUUCCAAUUUUGAGAUUGUCAAACUGCUGCUGGAUGCAGAUGUGUGUAAUGUAAACCACCAGAAUAAGGCUGGCUACACUCCCAUCAUGCUCGCUGCUCUGGCAGCUGUGGAAGCGACUAAGGACAUGCAGGUGGUGGAGGAGCUCUUCAGUUGUGGAGAUGUCAAUGCCAAAGCCAGCCAGGCAGGCCAGACAGCUCUGAUGCUCGCAGUGAGCCAUGGGCGGAUAGACAUGGUCAAAGCUCUCUUGGUCUGUGGUGCAGAUGUUAACAUCCAGGAUGAUGAAGGCUCCACAGCGUUAAUGUGUGCAAGUGAGCAUGGACACGUGGAGAUCGUCAAACUGCUGCUGGGCCAGCCCGGAUGUAAUGCUGCAUUAGAGGACAAUGAUGGAAGCUCAGCCUUGUCUAUUGCCUUGGACGCCGGUCAUAAAGACAUAGCAGUACUACUGUAUGCUCAUGUUAAUUUUUCUAAGACUCCAUCACCAGGGACACCCAGACUGGGCAAGAAGCUCCCGCCCAGUCCAACACAGAGAAGUCCAUUUGACAGUUAAUUAGAAGACACAUUUUUUGCCAUCUCCGACCUGCUGCUAACUGAUAUUGUGCUAUCGACAGAUACUGAAUGUACUUGUCCUUGUGCCUGAAUGCACCAGCAGACUGAAGCAAUAUAUGUAUAUAAAUUUCAUGGAGAAGCCUGCAGUCUUAGAAUUGGAACAAAGCUGUAUGUUGAACAUGAGCAUGCUCCAACCUUUGGGCUUUCAAAGUUUAUUAUGAAACCCACCAAGACUUCUUAUUUUUGAAGGAGGGGGAAACCGGACUCGAUGACUAAUCUAAGAACUCAAGACUGUCAAAGACCUUAGAAAGUGCCAUAGUGCCUGCUCAUUGUUUUCGGCUAUAUAUUUAUACUGACCCUAAUCCCCACUCUCCAUUCCACAUUGAGGUAUUAUCUUCAUGAAAUGUAUCCAUAUCCCUGGCUUGAGCUGGGCCACUGGUUGUUCCAUUUUAGUUAAGUGUAGAAGAGCCCUCAGUAGAUCUGAAUGGACUAAGGAAAGCUGUCCUCUGGACUGUAUGUAUUAUGUAACUUUUAUAUUAAAGGAAAACAAUAGUAUCUACAAAUGUUGAGAAAUUCAGUAUUUUCUGCGUCUUUUUUAAUCUGUAAAAGAAGAUAAAGAUACACGCACGAGCACAUGUGCUGAAUAUAUGUAUAAAUACUUUUAGUGCUAUGUAUUAAUAUCUGUAUAAUGUUUAUAAAUAUCAAAUGUCUAGAUUACUCAGUAUGUAUGUCUCUUGUUGCAAAAAUAAAUAAGCUGUCCACUUCUCUGCA